AUGCAGACCAGCUGCCUGAGUGCCGCCGAGCGAGACGCAGCAGCGGCGGCGAACGCGCUGCAGGGCGCGCGCAAGCGGGCUGAGAGGUACGGCCGCAGACGCCUCCUCACCGCCUCCUCCCCUGCGGAGCCGGCGCUGCCGCCUGCCGAGUCGUCGUCGUCGCCGCGCCGGCUCUACUCUCCGCGCGACCGCGCUUUGCUGAUCAUCUACACGACAGUCGCCAUUGACAUGCUCGGCUCGGCGCUCACGGUCCCGGUAAUGCCUUUUCUGGUAGAGGCGCUCGGCGGCGACGCCUCGAGCCUCGGCCUCCUCUUCUCCACCUUCGCCGUCGCUCAGAUCGGGGCGGGGCUCUGGAUGGGAGCCGCCUCCGAUCGACUCGGCCGCAGACCCAUCCUCCUCGUCUCGCUCGCUGGCUCCGCCGUGGGCAUGCUGGGCUCUGCGCAGGCGCCAACCUUCCGCGCGCUGCUCGGCUGGCGCUUCCUGCUCGGCGCCUUCUCCGGCACCUCCGCCACCGCCAACGCGUACAUCGCAGACAUCACCGCGCCAUCCGAGCGGCCCAAGCUCAUGUCGUGGAUCGGAGUCAUCGCCUCGCUCUGCUUCAUGUUUGGGCCUGGCGUCGGCACGCGCCUCUCCGAGAGCUGCGUGUGCGGGGCGGUGCGCGCGCCCUUCUACGUCGGCGCCGCCGUCGGCUUCGCCGCGCUGCUCGUCGCCCUCUUCCAGCUGCCUCCGGCCGAGCAGUCGGGCGGCCUCGCCUCGCCGCCUCGCGCCGCCGCCCCGCCGAAAGGGGCGAGGCCGGCGCUUGCGCGGCGCGCGUCGUCCGAGCAGCAGCCGGAGGCGACGCGCUGGCGUGUGGUGGUGGUGGUUGGGCUGGGCUCCUUCCUCUCCAACACGGCCUCCUCCUGCCUGAUGACGUGCCAAGCCUUGCUCACCCUUCGCACCCUCGCCUACGACUGGCUGCAGCGCAAGCUCGGCCUGAUGCGCUGCGCUAGCUUCGGGGCACUGCUCUCGACGGCAGCCUACACUGGCUACUCGCUGCGGCUGUACGUGGUCGCGCGCUGCAUUGCCAAGGGCGGGCGCCUGCACGCGGCACCGCCGCCACGGUCCGCCCUCGCCCCGGCGGACGAGGCGGCGCUGGGCGAGCUGCAGGCGAUGCUACGCGAGCUGCUGGUGGCGCGCGGCUACGCGAUCGCGGCGUCGCGGCUCCAGCUGGCGGCGGCGCUCGAGGCGGCUUUCCCCGGCCUGUCUCCUGCCGCGGACCCGGAGGCGGUCGGCGGUCGCAAGGGCGUUGGCGCUUUCCGCGGGGAGGGGCGCGACCCGGAGGGGGCGGAGGAGGAGGAGGAGCCGCUCGAGGCGACCGUGCACCACUCCGCGGCGCACCACCACCACACGUGCGUGCACGAACGGGAGCGGGCGUGA